AUGCAGGAUCCUUGCUCGCCCUUCAACCUGGAACCUGUCAGGGAAUUCCUCGAAGAGCUGAGAAAGACCAGAGAAGAGAGCGAUCAGGGCGGCGCACCGCCGCGGCCCGAGCUGAAGCCCUUGGCCCAGGGGGAGGCGGCCUUGGCGGCUUUCCCCGAGCUGAGAGGAGAGCUGACAAGGCGUUUCGAGGAGCUCGCAGCCUCUUUGUCCAAGGAUGUGGCCGAGUUGCGGUCCCGGCUGGACGCCCUCAGUGGGCAGAAGCCGAAGCCGCGCGAUGGUUUCGAAGAGCUGGCGGCCGCUUUGUCCAAGGAAGUGGCCGAGCUGCGGUCUAGGGUGGACGCCCUGAGCGGGCAGAAGCCGAAGCCGCCCCAUGGUGACGGGGUUCAGGGAACUGGCAGCUCAGCCGGCUCGCAGAACAAGAGGGCAGAGGCGGAGGUUCUUGGCGCCGGGACCGUGAAGUUCUGCGGACGAGUGAACAUCGAGGCCAUGGCGGAGCCUGAAGGCUCCAGGGACGAAGUUGAGUGGAUCGGGAUCGAGCUGGAUGAGGAGCGAGCCUGCGCCAUGGAUGGCGUGCUGGCGGGGAUCGCGAUCUUCAGCUGCAAGCCGCGGCACGGGCUUCUGGUGAAACGCAGAGCCAUCGGGAAGUCGCCCAGCGAGUCCGUGGCUGAAGGCGACCGGGUGACUGUCUUGAAGACUGAAGCCAUGCCCAGCACCUAUGCGCAGGCACUCUGCUUGCUGGGUGGCCAGCAGUGCUUGCAAGGCUUUGCCGAGCUCAGCAGACACAUCCACAGCAAGUAUGCGCCGCCCAAAGAGAUCCAAGAGCUUCUGCAACGCCGUGGUUUGGAGUUGAAGGCGCGGUCUACGACCAUGAACUACCAGCCCUACUGCAGCUCGAUGGCUGAGGUCUACGACUUCCACCGAGAGCGCAAGAGCGCCUUCGACGACCGAGUGAGGCUCAUUGCGGAGCAGACAGAAGGUGAGGCGCUCGUCCCGGAGAUGAAAGGCCUCGCCAGAUGUGAAAGCAAAGCUGCCUUCAAGUAUGCAGACGACGCAGGAGUCUCGUAUUAUCGGCUGACUGACAUCGUCAGGGCGACGAUUUUGUACGACAGCCUGGCCUCGAUGUACAAGGGCUUGGAUGUGAUACAUCGGGACAAGGACAUCGAGAUCAUCGAGUUCAACGAUCGCUACCUCAAUCACUUGGCUGGCUACCGAGAUCUGCAGCUGUCGGUUCGCAUGCACGGAAUGGUGGCCGAACUGCAGCUGAACACCAGGGGUAUGGCCCAUGUCAAGGAGCAUUCGGGGCAUCGUUCCUUCGAGGUGAAGCGAGAGUUGGUUGCAAUGGUACACAAAGGCGAUGCGCAAAAGUGCUACGACAUUCUGGAUUGGGGCCGCAAGGAGUUGGGCGAUUCCGCUACCUUCGAGCUGACAAAGAUCCUCAACGACCCUGAGAAGCCCAUGCUGCAGGCAGCAAGCGGCGGCCACGCAGAGUUGGUGAGCGUGCUGCUCCGCUUUGCUGCGGAUGUGAGCCUCAAGGACAACCACGCCCGAACCGCGCUGCAUCGAAGCAGCUUCUGGUGGCCAUGA